AUGUACGAAGGGAUUGACAACCUGAAAUCCCUUUACGACCGUGCCGGGAAGACUUUCUCCGGCGGUCCUUCUGCGGCACAGGAUGUGCCGCGUCGUACUGCUCGACCAGACCCAGUACGUCAAUCAUCAGCUGGAGCGGGGCUCCCAAGUAUCCCAGGACGGGGGAUAACCGCGCCACCGGACGAGAUAACUCGUCCGACGUCCGUUCACAUCGCAGUGGUUUAG